AUGCUCAGAGAUGAUCUGCAACAUCAGGAAAGCGAACGGGAAGCAGCCAGGAAAGGAAUGGUUCGUUUAUUCGUUACGUUUAUCUCAUCACCCGGAGCAGUGAAUUGCUCAUACGCUGGAUUGAUUGAUUGUAUAUCGAGUCAUUUUCAUCCUUAUCGCAAAAGUCACGCAGAUGAUUCACGUGCCAGAGCAGCUGUGUUGGCAAAGAAGGAUGCCGUGAAAUUAUCAUUGAUGCGACGAGCGGGCAAUGAAUUGAAACACUACUAUCAUGGAUUUCGUUUAUUGGCGUUGGAAACACGAUUGAGUGCGAAAUAUUUGUGGAGACUGGCAAGGGGACAUUCAUUAAUGCGUAAAGAGAGGCAACAGUUGAUCAGAACUGUAUCGGAUUUAUUCCGUUUGGUGCCAUUCUCGAUAUUCAUCAUCGUACCAUUUCUGGAAUUCACCUUGCCAAUCUUCUUAAAAUUAUUCCCAAAUAUGCUACCAAGCACAUUCCAAGAGGAAUCCAAAGAGGAAAUAGCACUGGAAGGAGGUGUUGAUAAUUUGUCUAUGGCUGAAUUGCAAACGGCGUGCAGAGCUCGUGGAAUGCGUUCCUUUGGAGUGAGUGAACAUCGUCUUAAAGAUCAGUUGAAACAAUGGUUAGAAUUAUCCUUGAACGAUAAGGUGCCACCGUCGUUGUUACUUCUUUCGAGAUCAAUUUACCUUCCUGAGGAUAUCUCAUUCACGGAUCGUCUUAAGGCUCUGCUCUCCAGUCUCCCUGAAGGAAUUGCGGAACAAACGCGUCAGAAGCUAACUGAAUUAGAAGGUGAUAAGGUUGACUAUAAAGAACGUUUGAAUCUGAUAAAAGCCAUCGAGAAGGGUAUUCAAGAGGAGAGGAAAACGGUCGCAGAGGCAAAGAAGGCUGCUGAAGAAAAGAAGAAGAUGGAAGAGGAACUGGAAAAGGAGAAAGCGAAACUGGCCAUCGAGCAAGCCGCGGCUGCAGCAUCUACAUCGGAAGCUUCUGCUGAAAUGGUUUCAGAGAAACCUAUUUUGGAGAAAGGAGCCGAAGUGCUGGCUGAUGAAGUGAGCGCUGAGACGAAGCCUGUGCCACCUUCUAUCGCUCUGAAAGAAAGUUUAGCCGCAGAAGCAUUACUCACUGUUGGUGUUGCAUCGAAACAUGUGGCUGAAAAAGUUGCACAAGCUACGGCCGUUGAUCAGAAAGAUCUGAAGAAGAUUGAGGACGUAAUUCACGGUAGCGUGGUGUCGGAAGUGAAGCACGAUGUUAUUGAACUGAAGGAGAAACUCACCGAGCUCAACGAGGAUCUUCUCGAGGUGGAUGUUCUGAAGAAGGAUCUGGGUGAAUCGAAAGGCGCGAAACGAUUGCGUCAGAGUCUUGGCACAAUUUUGAACAAAGUUGAAGCUCUUGUCGAAAAGUUGGAGGAGAAACGUCGUACGAUUGAUGAGACAGUUGCAGAUCCCGCUAUUGCGAAUGCUGCCACUACGAAGAAAGUGACGCUGAUGCGUGUUGAUGACAUAUUGGAUAAGUUGCGAUCACUCGUUAAAUUACCUGAUGAUCAAAAAGCAAUUGAAAAGGUUCGUUUUUUACUUUUACUCGUCACAAUUAUCCACUCAACUUAUGGUCAUAUCACGCAUCAAUUCUUCGAUGGAAAGUCAAAGUUAAAUUCAAAAAUGAGAAAUAUUUUGAUGAUAAUGUUGCGCGAUUCAUUAGCGAAUUGA